AUGUUAGGCUCACAGUCCUUGAGCUUUAUUCUGAAUAAAGCAAUAAAAUCAUUCCGUUCAAGUCGCCAUGACAUCACACUUGGAAAUAAUGACCGUCAAAAAAUGACACCAUCCCACUGUGCAUUCUACAAUCAACAAAAACAAACUUUACUUCGAUCUCUAGAUACCUUGGCUAUUUGGAAUAUGCAUGGUCAACAUUAUACCAAGACUAAUUAUUUCGUUAUUGUGGUAGAUUGUGGUGGAUGUGAUUGCUCGGCUUUCAUCCAUAAAUUGCUCAAAUCGGCCGGCAAUAGCAUCACGACGGGUGAGUGUUGA